AUGCCUCCCUUAAUUCCUUGCCCGGCUCUGGUUCGACAUCCUCUCCUCACAUCCCGUAUCCGCACGUUCCAAUUACAGACCCGCCAGCAGCACAAGUUUUUAACAUCCAACUUCAAUACAAGUGCGAUCACGAGAACGAGGAGGUCAACAACAAGCACGGCCAAGAAACAACAAGUGUUAAAAUCAAAAGCCAGCUCGGAAGAAGGCGCGUAUGCGGCAGGGACUACGCCGAAAACGUCGUUGAAGCGCUCCGGGGCGCUGACACGCUUUGCCGACGUAUACGGCAAGACAAAUGGCAAGAGGCCCUUCGUUGUGCAAACCGCCAGCGCGCUGGUCAUUUUUGCUCUCGGAGAUAUGAUCGCGCAGCGGAUAGGGGGAGAUAAGUUUGAUCCCGUGAAAACGGCACGCACUGCAUUCAUUGGCGGCACCAUAGGUUUUCCCCAGUUCAAAUGGUUCGUCUUCCUCUCAACGAACUUUAACUACACUUCCCGCAUACUCUCUAUAUUCACCAAAGUCCUCAUUCAUCAAGUCGUCUUCGCCCCGGCCUUCAAUAGCUAUUUUUUCUGCAUGCAAGCCUUGCUGUCAGGCGAGACGCUGGCUAGCACGUGGGCGCGUCUGAAGCUAGGCCUACCUCGGAGCCUGAUCAACUCGUUGAAGUACUGGCCCUUUGUUAUGACAUUUAACUUCGCGUGUAUCCCGCCCGAGUUGAGAAGCAUUGUCGCCGCCGUGGCUUCCGUUGGGUGGCAGACAUAUCUAAGUUAUCUAAAUAAGCAAGUGGCAGAUACGACAGCAAGGUCUACCUUAGGUUAG